UUGCGGAAAAGGAGUGUGGUGGCUGACAUGGCUGAAGAUGCUGGGGCCGGUCCUGCGUGUAGCGGGGUAGGCGGUAAGCAGGAGCCGGUCCCUAGUGCUGGCGGUUCCAACUUUCCAGAGUACGAGCUCCCGGAGCUGAACACUCGCACUUUCCACGUGGGGGCCUUUGGAGGGCUGUGGCGCGGCCGGCUACGCGGGGCCGGGGACUUGUCGCUGAGAGAGCCGCCGGUCCCCGGGGUCACGGACUCCGACUUGGAAGAUGCCGCGGUGGCCCGGGAUCUGGGUUGCACUUUGGAAGCUGCGGCCGAGCUGAGAGCGGUGUGCGGCCUUGAUAAACUGAAAUGCCUUGAAGAAGGAGAUGAUCCUGAAGUCAUUCCAGAAGAUACUGACCUGGUGACUUUGGGGGUUAGAAAGAGAUUCUUGGAACAUCGAGAAGAGACCAUCACGAUAGAUCGAGUCUGCAGACAAGAAACAUUUGCUUACGAGAUGGAGUCACAUGCAAUAGGCAAAAAGCCUGAAAAUCCAGCAGACCUGAUUGAAGAAGGAGAGCUUAUCCUAUCUGUGAAUAUCUUAUAUCCUAUUAUAUUUCAAAAGCAUAAAGAACAUAAGCCAUUCCAGACGAUGCUGGUAUUGGGCAGUCAAAAGCUCACAGAACUGAGAGAUUCAAUUUGCUGUGUCAGUGACCUCCAGAUUGGUGGAGAAUUCAGCAACACGCCUGACCAAGCUCCUGAGCACAUUAGCAAAGACCUAUACAAGUCAGCCUUCUUUUAUUUUGAAGGGACAUUUUACAAUGAUAAAAGAUACCCGGAAUGCAGAGAUUUGAGCAGAACUAUCAUUGAAUGGUCAGAAUCCCAUGAUAGAGGAUAUGGAAAAUUUCAGACUGCUAGGAUGGAAGAUUUUACCUUCAACGACCUGAAAAUUAAACUGGGCUUUCCUUACUUGUACUGUCACCAGGGAGACUGUGAACAUGUUAUUGUCAUUACAGACAUAAGGCUUGUGCAUCAUGAUGACUGCUUGGAUAGGAAACUUUAUCCCCUUCUUAUCAAAAAGCACUGGCUGUGGACCAGAAAAUGUUUUGUGUGUAAAAUGUACACAGCUAGGUGGGUGACGAACAAUGACAGUUUUGCACCAGAGGAUCCAUGUUUCUUUUGUGAUGUUUGCUUCCGAAUGCUCCACUAUGAUUCAGAAGGAAACAAACUGGGUGAAUUCCUAGCUUAUCCUUAUGUUGAUCCUGGAACCUUUAAUUAAGAAUACAAAAAAAAAUAAGUUUUCUCUCAAUCUAUUGCUUGCCUGUUUUGUAUCCUGAAUAUUUUGGAGUUUUUUUUGGGGGGGGCAGUAACUGCUAAGGAUAUAAUAUGACUAAUGAUACAUCAGGUAUCAGAAGUAUUUUUAAACCUUUUUGAACAAUUUUUUUGGGGGGGGAAGGGGAACUGGUCCUG